CGCAUCGGCAUCGACGAUGCAUGCUUACAUAUGGCGGAAAGUGUCGAAAAUGUUUUGAGUGCCCCGCCGCAUCGGUCAUAUGGGUUCCGUAGUUAGCGUAGCGCUUCCGCGUCCCUGUCAUGUCAUCGAACAGGCAAAUAACUGAAUGCUUCAAGAUGAAAAAGCCGAAAAGCUCGCCAGCUAAGGCGGCGUCGACCUCUUUCACUACACCCAAGCGACGCAGCGGGAAGGCCAAGUCGACUCCGAAUAAACUUGGACGCUCGACGCCGAAUAGUUCCGCCGAAAGCAGUCCGCAAAAUCUCCAUGACGAAACGUACAACCAUGCUCCAGUGGAUCUCAACAACUUGAUCGUCGACGAGUUCCUCUGUUCCCAAGACGUUGUUAACAGCGAUGUCAUUUGGGACUGCAGUUCUCCGCGCAGCAGGCUUGUUUCAGCGCCCGGCGGCUCGGACGUCGAAAGCUUGGUCAAGAUGUUCCGGACAAAGCCUCAAGAAACCAAACCAAUACCGUCAGCAUUCAGCAUCAUUAGUGCAAACUUUGUCAAGACUUCAACCGUAGGAGGUGCUCUGACACCAAGAAGGACAAAGAGAAAUGCGAGGAAGAAAGCCAAUGCGACCAGUGCGCAGGCGGUCAUGGACCAGAUGCAAGAACUGUGGGACAUGGUGCAGCAGUCCAAGAAGAACGGCUUUGGACCGUCGACUGCUGCUGACGUUCCUCAGGUGUCUGAAGAGGCUGAAGGUGCUGCAAACAACAAAUCGCUCGUGGAUGACACUGCUGCGGAAGAGGAUGUGGUGUCCCAGAAGGAUGCUGCCAACACCGUUGCGGAGGCCACAGCAACAGUGGAGUCAGUGGCUGACGCUGUUGAAGAUGAAGACGAUUACGACCAGUGGCUUAUAGGUGACGACAGCAUCUUGGUGGCUGCAACACAGGACAUUGACGUGUCGUCGCCCGCCAGAAAGUGUGCCAAGACACCGACGCGAGCGAACGGAGCACAACCACCGAGUGUUAGCCGCAGUGCCGUUCGUGUUGCCAAUGCCAGCUCACCUACAUUGCGCAAGACGCCAUCCUCGGCAUCACCACUGCGACGUCAGGAGGGCCGUACCACUCCGAAGUGGAACAUGAGUGCCAUCCGCAAGUCACCACGGCUCUCUGCGCUCUCACUCAAUCGCACGCCCUCUCCACUGCGUCCAUCAUCAGCGAAGACCAAGAGGCCUGCUGAACAAGUGAACCACGCCGAACCCGUGAACCCUGAUGAACUGCCAAAGCAUGCUGAACCUGUGAAGACUGCUGAACCUGUAAAGACUGCUGAACCGGCACCAUCCGUGGAAGUGUGUUCGAGAUCGUCAUCAACAGACGUGCUCUUUGACGAUGAAGACGAGCUCCUCGACCAAAUUUGUUGCACCUACGAGCAGCAGCAACAGCUGGAUGCCAAAAUUGUUGCCGCUACUGUGGCGUCUUCACCUAAGACUUCGACAUCAUCUACGAUCACUCCAGUUCACAGCACCACAUCAACAUCACGUUCUGGAACAGUUGUCUCCUCUGUCGCUGUGAAGACUAGCACUACGCUAUCCUCAAAAAUUGAAGCUCCCAAAGUGAUGGUAUCCAACAGCCAUCUCGGCACAGAUUCUGUUGGGAAAAUUGACCAGCAAAAGAAUGGCCAUGAUAAUGUGGCCGUUCCAGCACAUCCUGUAGCGUCUCACCGUCCGACAGUGUCCGUUUCGACGGUGAAGCAGAGCUCAAACUCGACAACCAAACCUGGGUUUUCAUCUCCGCUGAAUGCGACAAACCAGCUGAAACCGGGAUCCACGCACACAGACUCUCUUCAACAGCCAAGAGUGAUUCUUGAGAGAUGCACUGCGGUGUCAGUGAAAGCCCCUCUGCACGGAAGGGGCCCUUCAUCUUCAUCAGCUCCUGUCUCUACGGCAUCGAUGUCAAUGCCGUGCCUGAACACAAAGUCCCGCUCAGAGCGACUGUCUGUUGGCACGGUACGUCAUCAAAGUGUAGAGUUCAAGACUCCAGCGAGGACUGCGGAUGCUGCCCUAGACUUUGAUGACGACGACUCGGAUCUGGCAACACCAGAAGUCAUGUCAUGGCUGGAGGAGGUUGAAUCCCAGCCUGUACAAGUGAAGCGCUGCACACCAGAGGAGAUAGCCAAGAAGCGAGCGGAGGCACUUCAGCGACGUCGGCUCAGGGAACAAGAGUCAAACAAGUGGAAAGGUCGCCUCCGCAUGUCCAAGUGAAUGUGCGUCAUCGAAUCUGUGGUGUGUGUAAAUGGACGACCAAAGAUGAAGAAUCUGCGGACAUGCAACCAACUUCGCUCAAGCCUCAGUGCCUGGAAUUGUUCUGGUGGUGACUGUGUAAAACCGUCGGGAAUAAUUGACUGGUUCCAAGUUCAGAGCCUACCUCGGAGUGUGUCCUUGUAGCAAACAUGAGGGAAAUGAGUGGCUGAGUCAUGUGUGUGUCAGUGUGAGCGACUGACAGUGCAAAAAGUACAGAUGACUUGCAUCAUUCACUGUGCGAGUUGGAGUGUACAGUACCACUGUAUUGAUGACUACAUUCAAGUUUUGCAAGGCUGCCUGGAGGUCGUGCUCUUCAGCCCACCUUUUGGCAGCUCGCAUAGGAGGGCUGUGUGGAUUGUCCGGCGAGUAUUUAUGAACUGUUGAAUUCAGGACCAGUAUAGUUGAUGAGCCCAAUGUUCAUGAAUAGCACCUGGCACAUGUCAGCACGCAAUACUAACUGCUUUUGAGGAAUUCUCGUGCAGUGUGUUUUGACAGUGACUGCAACUGCCACCCUUGAACAGUGAGCGCAGCUGAUGAGCUCGCGAGUGAAACUUUUUAUAUUAUUUUCUCUGGGAACGUCUUCAAAUGUGUUCAUUUUGUGACAUGGUUGGUGCCUUGUAAAGAGGUUCUAUACUGGGUCAA